AUGAUUAUUUUAGAUUUAAUUCUUCAACGUCUUGUCCAAAUGAGUGAACAAACAAAAAAACAUAAACUUGAUUAUUCAGAUACUGAACUUGCUGAUGUUAAAGAUAAUGAUCAUUUAAUUGAAAACACAUCAACAAAAACACCGUUAUAUCAAACACCUGGUUUAGCAGCAUUAGUAGAAAACAAUCCAUUAGAACAAUCACACACAUCAACACAUGAUUUACGAAGAAAAUACCAACUUCAUCGAACAUCAAAUACUCAAAGUUAUGGUUUUAGUUUAGAUAAAAAUGAAAAAUGUGUUAUAAAAAUUGGUACUGUUACGCUAUCAUCACCUGCUGCGGAACAAGGUCUUCGUGUUGGUGAUCGUAUUAUAAGUGUUAAUAAUGAAAAUGUUGUACAUAUGAAUCCAUCUGCUUUUACACAAUAUCUAAGCGAUAUACUCAAACAACAAGAUUGUAAUGGUGGUUCAAUAUUAUUAGAAAUUAAACGAGAAUAUACAUAUGAAUCUUCAUCAAGAGAUGAUUCAAAUAUUGUUGAAGAAUCUUAUCCAAAAUUACGACUUUGUACUAUUCGUUCUUGGCCACAUUAUACACAACUUGGUUUUAAUAUUGUUUCUUCAACAUCUAGAGAUGAUGGUAAUGAUGAAUUUCGAAUAGAACAAGUUCAAAAAGAUUCACCAGCUGCAUAUACAAAUAUUCAUGAUGGUGAUUAUUUAAUUGAAAUAAAUGAAAGAAAAGUUGAAAACAUGCAAUUGCAACAACUUAAUCAUCGUAUUAAUAAUUUAUAUAAUCAAAAUGGACAAGUUAAAUUACUUGUUAUUGAUAAUGAUGGUUAUGAAUGGUAUAAAAAUCAUCGACGUCCUAUUGAUACAUCAAUACGGAAAGAUCAUAUUACAGAACAUAAAACACCUGAUUCUCCACAUGUUCCUACACCAACUCCUCCACUUACUACUACAUCUAAUUUAGCAGGUAUUUUUUCAUCACACUAUGAAUAUAUUACAAUACCACCUCUCGUUAUUAAACCUAUUAAUGAUGAAAAAGAUAUUGAAAAUAUUAUAAAUUUUCGACCAUCAGCUCCUUAUUUUAAUUCAUAUCAUCCACCAGUAUUAUCACGUGCAGCUAUUAAUGUGAUACAUGGGCAAUCUAUUUAUCGUUUUUGUCAUUUAGAACCUCAAUCUGGUCAAAAUUUAGGUUUUAAUUUAGCAAUGGAAGAUAAUAAUCAUAUUAUUCGUGAUGUUGUAGUUGAUUCAUUAGGUGCUAAAGCAGGUUUACGAGAUGGUGAUAAUUUAAUUGAAAUAAAUGAUGAAGAUAUAAGAGAAAAAACACAUAAUCAAGUAGUUAGUUUACUUCAAAAUCCUAAAACUCAGGGUAAAAUACAAUUAUUUAUAAAACCAAAUGAUGUAACAUCAAAAUCAAAAAUAAUGACAACAAUUUUGACAACAUUAAAUGAUGAUCAUAUUAAACAAGAUGUUAAUAGUGAACGAAUAACUAAAUAUCGAUCAGAUAAUACAAAUGAUUUUAUUGAUCCAUCAUUACGACCAACUGAUUCAAUGCCACAAAUAUUUAAAAACAACUGUCCAGCUGUUCUUGUAUUACAAAAUAAAAAUACGCCAGCUAUUUCUCGAGAAACAAUUGGCACUUAUGGAGUUUCAACAUGUUUUUUUUAUCUGCUUACUGGUCUAUAUAAUCAAGAACCAUUUUCGUAUUUAGACCAUCAUGAUUUUGAAGUUGAUGAAGACAAAAAUCCAUAUGAUACGUUAUAUUCCUUAUUGGAUCAUAUAUUUAAUUUUUUAAAAGACUCAAUAUUUGCUACAGAUUCAUUGACAGAUAUUAGUAUUAAGAAACUCAAAAAUUUGUAUUUGAUGAUUGGUGGUGGUUGUCCAAAACAAAGAGAUAUCGUACGAUAUUCUUUUUCCACAUUAAUAAAUUAUGAUUCAAUAUGUUAUCCAAUUUUUCAUCAAAAAAUGAAAGAUAAUUUAGAUAAAUAUACUGCUUAUUUUUUUGAUCAGUUAAUUGAUCAUAUUAUUAUUCUAAAUCCAGUUACAUAUGUGUUUAGUGAUCAAGAAAUAGUUGAAGCAAAAACAUCAUCUAAUCCAGACAGUUCAAUUCAACCACCAACACUUUGGCUAAUAUAUGAUGCUGAAUUAAAUGAAGGUCAAAUAGCAAUUACAUGGAAAACAAUUAAUGAUGAAAUUGAUUUAGCACAUAUGUUUUUUCAACUACCACAUAAAUCACCAGAAAAUGGUUUUAACUGGGUUGUUAAUCACGAAAAAAUUGAACAGUUAAAAGAAAAAAUUGAUUAUCAGUCUCUGAAAGCUAAAAAAUUAGAAAAAGCUUUAUCAUGCAUACCAACUAAUGGUUUAUUUCGUCCAUCGUUUUCUCCAUUAGAAUUAAUGUAUGCUGCUCUUGUUAAUGAAGUUGAUGAAGCUGCAAAUGAUGAUUGA